AUGUUAGCUGAGAUUAGAGUUAUUGAAGUCAUUUGCCUGCAAAGUGAAGUCUUUGUUCCUAUCCAGUCAUGUGGUCGUUCCUCAACUAAGCCCUGUCCUGUGAGAACUUCCCCUGCAAACUCGAAGAAGCCAGACACAGCGCCAUCCUGUGGAUACGAAAAGCCAACGGUGGCGUCCCAAAGCCGUGCUCCUUCACCCUACACCCAUCGCAAGAUGUGUCAGCUGUCUGAGGAGGCCAGACAACGACUCGGCCACCUCAAACUUGGGCCCUACACAUUUAAAAAAGAGACGGUCCCUCAGGCUCCGUUCGUGGUGCCCCGAAGCCCAAACACGUCGCUGAUGGAAACCUCCAUGUGUCUUACAUCUCAGUCUUCUCCUAAAAGAAGCCCCCUACGUCUGCAGUCACGGAGCUACUCCACAGACCACACAGAUCCCUCUCUCCUCGGAAGUUUCAGAUCAAAGCCCUCACAUGCAUCCAUGCAAGCAGCCAGAAGUUCCCCCAAAGAUCACUCCAGCCCUGUGUCCAGCACGUUCAGAGAUCAGAGUCCAGUCCUGACCCGCUCUUCCCUGAGAGAACGUUUCCAGAGUUCAUCCAGUCCCUCACAGUCGGAGGAGAUCCACAAACGAGUGCAGAGAAUCCUAAACAUCCACGGAGCCCGCUGCAAGCUUUCUUUUGAUGAAGAGAGUGAGGAGGAGGAGGGGAUCAGACAGAGUUCACAUGUUUCCACCCACCGUGACUCAGUGAUUGACAACCGGCUACCGCAGGACAGGCUUAUUCCUGGAGAACCAUCUGUUCAUUUAGACAACGGAACAUUCUGGACUAACAGAGCGGGUGCAUACACAGGAAAGCCCCACAGAGCUGUGUUUGAGGACAGUUUGAGCAAAAUCUACAAGAACCUUUACAGCAACGCAUCACAGACAGGACACAGUGGACAAAGCACCUGGACACAGUGAUCAUAGAUACAUUCAAUCAGUCAUUUAAUGUAUUUGCAUAUGUCUGCUAAAUCAAAUCAGGAACACAGUAUGGGGUAGUGGGAGUUUGACAAGAUGUUAUUUACUUUUUUUUUAACUUCCAUGAUAACGGCAGUAGUAA